AGCGUGUUUCCAUUCUGACUGUUUUAGUGAAAAUAUUUUUCGUUCGAAAAUUGUGGCAGGAAAGAAGUAGGCGUCAUCAUGUCAGAGGAAGCACGGAGAGAGAAACGAAACGCGGCCUGCCCCGUGCCCUGGCGGUGUCUCUCUCUAAACCGUCCGUGCGGAAACCACAUCCUCCUCCGUGUUUAGCGCCCGCUCGCUGUCAUUCGUCCAAGGCGAGCCGGGCGGUGCGAUCGUGGCGCUGGCGGAGUGGAGCAGCGAGAGCCGCAUGUAAAUGAACACCUCCACCUCCGUGUUGUUGUCACCUGAGGAUCCAGAGGGGCACAUCGACUCGUCCCGUCCCGUCACCCCCCCCCUCAUCGGCGAGCCGACCUGUAACGUUUACCGUGGAGAUUAAGAAAGAAAGAAAGAAAGAAAGAUUAAACUGCACUACUUUGGAGCAGACGCUGACCGCUAAUCGCCGCCGUUUUCUCGCCACAGAAACACGACCAGCGCCUCUCUGCCGCCCCCUGCUGACCAUGCUGCAGAGCGUGUGCGCCGUGGUCGUGGCACUCGCCGCUGCCGCCCUCAGCUCGGCGGACCCCGACGCGCACAGACCGAGGCAUGACUCCAACCUGGAGAUCUACAAGCGGCUGUUUGAGACCAAGAGGAAAGAUCAGCUGAACGCGCUCAAGAACCUGGUGGAGCUGAACGACAUCAACCAGCAGUACAAGAUCAUAGACAUCAUGCUCAAAGGACUCUUCAAGGUGUUGGAGGACUCCAGACAAAUCCUGGUUGCUGCCAACAUGCAGCCUGACGACCCCUUCCCCAUGGACGAUAAGAUCAAAGAAGCUUAUUCCCACGUGGUGGAGAAUACGGCGUUUUUCGGCGACGUGGCGUUGCGAUUCCCCCGCAUUGUCCACCACUACUACGACCGGAACGCCGACUGGGGCGGUCUGCUGCGCUGGGGGCUGAACUUCUGUAACCUGACGGGGGUUUUUACCGGAGGAGCCCACCAACAUGUCCUCACACUUAUGUCACAGGAGCUGGGAAUAACAGAGAAAUCCCCAGACUUCAUGAACCCGUACCGCACCGAGAGGGAUGAUGUCCUUCACACUGCAGAGGCUUUCCAAAAGAUCCUGAGGGAGGAGGAGAAGAGGAGGAGGAAGGAGGAGAAGAGGAAAGAAAUCCGGAAAGGCCCCCGCAUCUCCCGCUCUCGCACCGAGCUAUAGCGCCGCACCCUCAGCGCUUUGUGCAGAGCAGAGGAGGAAGAGGAAGGAGCGUACGCACGGUCCACAAGGGGCGGCUUGACUUGUAGACUCAGAUGACAGCGAAGGAAAUCAAAAGCUGCCAUCAGUUGUACGAAAGCCAGGUGCUCUGUUGAAAAGAAGAGAGGAACCCUCAAUGUGAUACAACAAAGUGAAAAGGAAGUGGAGGUUAGCUGACAAGAGCCUGAAUCACUGAGCUCAGUUACAGUGAUUACAGUUGGAAAAUCUGUUGUUGUAUAAGAGGUUAAAUAUGUCUCUGGAAUAGGAGUUGAUAAGGGAAACUCACUUUUGAUAACUUGAGGAUUACAUAAUUGUACUUUGGAAUAUAAGUAAUUUCAAUAAAUUUGCUUCAGAACUUUGCAAAACCCUCCUGUAUCGUGUCUGGUCUAGAUUUAAUGUGUCUAAAGCCCAAAUGCUUCAAAUACGUGUGGUUGCCAAAUAUAAGUUUGACCUCACCUCAUUAAAAUCCGGCCUGUUUCUGGUUAGGUUAAGCUUGAUUUAGAGUAGUAGAGUUUUAUUUCAUUCUCUUUAUUUUUUAUUUCUUAAGUUUUUUUUCCUUGAACUGAGAUUUGUUAGAGAGAUGUUCGUGAAUAGGCAGAUUUAUGUUCUUGUUGCUCCUCCAAGUUGUAAGGAAACUUCUUAUAUUUUGUUAGUACAUUACCACUUAUUUUACCGCCCUCUGAUGAGGGAAGUGUAUUUUCUUUUUUGUUUGUUUUACAUAUUUGGCACCUAUUUUUGGUUCCAUUAGUCAUUCUCUUUAGACCCGUCUCUGUAGUAGUUUCACUUUAAUGAUCCCUAGUUAAUAAGAAUUAUUAAGUCCUUUUGAAAAGAUCUGUAAACCAGACAGUGCAGUAUGUGACUCCUCAUCUUGCAGCCCCGCACCUGUUUCUUUAUUAAACAUUUUGCUUAUUUUUUUUUUGUCAUUUUCUUUUAAUCCUUAUUGGAAAUUGAAAUUGAAUUGAAAUCGAUGUAAUUUUAAAAUAGUAUUACAACUGUUAUAAAACUAUAUGUAUAUUCAGAGAAAUAAUAUCAUUGCUGCAGAAUGAACAAGCCAUUUUGUUAUCAGAUUUAAUGAAAUAAAAAGUUACUCUGA